CUAAGGAAAUGAAAGAUAGCAAUACACCUCAACAGGCUGCAUGCAAUGACUUCCUCGACAAGGCAAAAUUUGAGCGGAACGUGACUGCUUUCAUCUGAAGCAGCGUGAGCCACAAAAAAAAUAACAUUUGUACCAACUGGCGAUUUGAUUGAAAAAAUAGUCUACGCUCAAUAAACUUCAGCAAAGAUGGCACAACUGGCCAUGAACCGACCAGAAGUCAUACAGUCUCUCAUCGAUGGAGUUGACAGAUACAAUCCCGACAACAUUUCCAUCCUGGAAGAAUACUUGGCUACACAAUGCCAAAAUGAAGAAUAUGAUCUGAUGGCCAACCUCGCUGCAUUGAAGUUGUACCAAUUCAACCCUCAUCUCACCAACGACCGUGUCAUCAUAAAUAUUCUCGCAAAAGCUUUGACUGCUGUUCCUGCACCAGACUUCAACCUCUGUCUGUAUUUGCUUACCGAGCCCAUGAUCAUAGACGAAUCCAUCAAACAACUGACUGCACUCCAUCAAUUGCUUGAGCAAUCUCGAUAUGCAAAGUUCUGGGAGACUUACAAGUCUGAUUCAGCUUAUGAACAACUUGUUUCCGAAGUUCGUGGAUUCAGCCGCGCUAUUCGCAGCAUUGUCGCUCGCGUCGUUAGUAUGACACACCAGCAAAUUGCUUCCUCAUUACUGGAAUCUUACCUUGAUCUUAGCGGAGACGAUUUUGCUGCCUUCGUCAAGGAACAGAACUGGGAGCUCAAGGGUGCUAUUGUUCAGAUCCCUGUCAACAAGGAUAAUGAAGCCAAGACUGUUGUCAUCAGAGAGAACAUCAAGUUUGAACAGCUUACAAAGGUUAUCGGCUACUCUAACGAGAUGUAAAAAACGAAAACAAUACCAAACGAGGCGUAUAAUCGCUACUUCCACGAGCUCAACCCCCCACCAUCCACUUAUCUGAACGGCGCUUUUUUAGAUAUAAAGCGACUUGUAGAUAUACUUGAAUAAAAAAAAAUGAAGCAAUAUUAGCGGAACGAUGAAUGUUUACACUAUAUAUUGGUCAUGUAGUUUUGUUGGUUGCAGAGGCGGCCCUCCCAA